UUCUAACUUUUGCAGAAUUAAAAAAAAAUUUUGAAAUCAGGAUAAAAAUUAAUAAAAAUUAAUAAAAAUGGCUCGAGAUGCUCGAUCUGUUCGAGCACAACGGUUUCCAUUGCAUACAGCUGUAGAACAGGGAGAUGUAAACAAGGUUCUUACUCUCAUCAAGAAGGAUGUCUCUAGAGUGGAGCUUAACAGACAGUAUGAGACGAGUGGAGAAGCUCCUCUUCAUCUUGCAGCAGGACGGGGAGAUAAAAAUAUUAUCCGGAUCCUGGUGGAAUCAGGAGCUAGAGUAGAUCAGAUUGAUUGCGUUCAUCAAACCCCACUUCACUACAGUAUUCUUACAAAUAAUAUAGACAGCAUAUCAUAUAUCAUUAAGUGCGGGGGAAAUGUGAACGUGAGAAGGAUGAAGGAUGGAUGGACGCCAGUAUUUCUAGCUGCAACCUUCGGUACCUCACAGGUUGUCAGGUUGUUAGUGGAGGCAGGAGCUGAUGUUCUCCUUGCCGACAACCUAGGACUCACUCCAGAGGAUUGGGCGGCUAAAUAUAGACUCAAAACUAUACAACAAAUUCUCCGACGUGCUCCCCGGCAUAUAAGUGAGGAGUCCGGAAGAAAAUAUAAAGAAACUCGAGGAGAGAGAAUUGAAACUCCAGUACAGUUUGAUGAUAGUAUAAACAAACUUCUUGCCAAGAUUGAAUUAAAAAGAAAAGAGAAGAUGAUCAAGGUUGAAGUUAAAGUUGAGGAGCAGGAAAGAAUCUUGGUAAAUAAUCUAGCGCUAGAAACUGCAGAGAACAGUAUUGUAUCACGACAGAAAAGAUUAGAUACUUUUCAGCAAAAUCAAAAAGUAAAAUCAAAACAAGUAAAACCUAAUCUCAAAACUGAAAAUUAUAACAAUCAAGGUAUUUCCGAAACUAACCAAGAUAAAAAGGUUAAAGUUGAAAGUAAUGAUGCUUCAGGUUCUAAAGGCGUAAAAACCAGGACUAUAACUGACAAUUCUCAAAGUUCUAUAAAAACUGUAUUUCCUGAAAGCAAUCCUGAAACCUUCAAUACAUCAUCUCGAAAUAAUGAUGAGAAUAAUAAUAUUGAUAACAAUAAGUUGAUAUAUGAUCCAAGUACAGAGAAUUACAAGAAUACAGAAGAUCAAGGAGGUGUAAAGAAUACAGAAGCACAAGUACAAAUGCAAAAUACUAAAGAUCAAAGAUGUAACCAGAGAAUAAGAGAUCAAGAAAGUAAAGAGAUAUUAGAAAAUAAAGAAAUUAAACCAAUUAUAGAAGAUCAGGAAGGUAAAAAGGUUACAGAAGAUCAAGAAAAUAAACAAAUUAAAGAAGAUCAAAAAAGUAUACCGAGUAUAGGAGAUCAAAAAAGUAAACAGAUUAUACAAGUUCAAGAAGUCACACAGAUUAUAAAGGAUCAAGAAAACAAACAGAUUAAAAAGGAUCAAGAAAACAAACAGAUUAGAAAAGAUCAUGAAAGUAAACAGAUUACAGAAUAUCAGGAAAGUAAACCGCUACGUGAAAAUCAAGAAAGCAUAGAGAUUACAGUAGUACAAGAAAGCAUACAGAUUAUAGAAGAUCAAAAAAGUAUAGAGAGUUUAAGAUAUCAAGAAAGUAAACAGAUUAUACAAGUUCAAGAAGUCAAACAGAUUAUAAAGGAUCAAGAAAACAAACAGAUUAUAAAGGAUCAAGAAAACAAACAGAUUAUAAAGGAUCAAGAAAGCAAACAGAUUACAGAAGAUCAGGAAAGUAAACAGAUUUUAAAAGAUCAUGAAAGUGAACAGAUUACAGAAGAUGAGGAAAGUAAACCGCUACGUGAAAAUCAAGAAAGCAAAGAGAUUACAGUAGUACAAGAAAGCAUACAGAUUAUAGAAGAUCAAAAAAGUAUACGGAGUGUAAGAGAUCAAGAAAGUAAACAGAUUAUAAAGGAUCAAGAAAGUAAACAGAUUAUGAAGGAUCAAGAAAACAAACAGAUUAUAAAGGAUCAAGAAAACAAAGAGAUUAUGAAGGAUCUAGAAAACAAACAGAUUCGUAAGGAUCAAGAAAACAAACAGAUUAGUAAGGAUCAAGAAAACAAACAGAUUAUAAAGGAUCAAGAAAACAAAACAGAUCAAGAAAGCAAACAGAUUACAGAAGAUCAAGAAGGCAAACAGAUUACAGAAGAUCAAGAAAGUAAACAGACAGAAGAUCAAAAAAAAAAACAUAUUACAGCAGAGCAAGGAUGUGUACAAGGUACAAAAGAAAAUGUUAUGUUGGCAAGUAACAAGAAAUAUAAAAACGAACAAAGCGAAGAAAAACAAGGAGAAAAAGAAAUCAAAGGAAAGGAAAAUUCAAUUGAAGAACAAUAUACAAACAAAAUGAACCAUAUAAAAGAUCAAGAUCAUGAUAAACCAAAAAUCAACUCCAUUAGCUCUUGUGUAAACUCUGAGAAUAUUCCAUCAAAAUCCACUACCAACCCCGUCCCUACAAAUGCACCUGAAUCCUCCACUAAAGCCUCUUUAGAACCUUCUCUAUUAAACUCAGCAGAGAGGAUGGACGGAGAGAACGAUUACACUAAUCUUGAUGGACUGAGAGUUCUAAAAUGUGAUAUUUUAAACCUAGAAAAACAUGUUCAAGAUCAAGAGUUCAAUAAUAAAAUGAAGGUUUUCAAUAAUUACAAGCAGUUCGGGCACAUGUACGCUUCUAAGGGUAACAAUAAGAAAUCUGAGUGGGCGUUCUCUAAUGGUAUAAAGCAGGCUGAACUCACAGUACCAAAAAGCUUAGAACAAUUCAAAAUAAUAAAACAAACUGAAAUCGAGUUUAGAAUAUUGAGAGCAAGGUGUAUGCAGGAGGUGGGGAGGGUAGAUGAGCUGAAAGAAGAAUGUUCCCGCAUUUUGAAAAUAGAUCCUGCUAAUUCAGAAGUUUCUGGUCUUUUGGAGAAAUUUACGUGAAUGAUGAAAAGUAUUUGCAACAAUGUUUGCUUAACCCCUAUACUACACACAAAAUAUCAUACAAGUUUAGCUACUUUAUUAUUUUGUAUUAAUAAAAGUUUAGGGUGU